UUGGUAGGCCGGAAGUCUCGCUGUUGAUCUCGAACUGGCGGCGGGAUAAUUAUGUUGUUGCACUAACAGUUGAGCUUAUUUCUGAGCUUUAAAGCGGCAGGACUGCAGGAAGAAGAAGAAAACUGUCAGUCAGAGAGGAGACCUGCUGGAUUUCACAGACCAGGACCACUACAAGAUCAGAAUGGAGGUGAACCAGAACCUGGAGAACCACACCAACAACCCUGUUAAAAGAGAAGAACCAGGUUCACCCUCUGCUACCACCGAUAAACAGGGGACAGAAAACUCUGGUUCACACUCCAACAACACAGCAGGUGUCAGUAAUGCACCUCAACACUGGUUGCUACCCGACAUAAAACAGGAAAAAGAAGAAGAAGAAGAACAGUCCAUCAGUCAGAGAGGAGACCUGCUGGAUUUCACAGACCAGGACCACUACAAGAUCAAAAUAGAGGAGAACCAGAACCUGGAGAACCACACCAUCAACCCUGUUAAAAGAGAAGAACCAGGUUCACCCUCUGCUACCACAGAUAAACAGAGUGCAGCAGCGUUUACUUUACCAGCAGAGAUCUCCACAUACAAACAGCUCAUCACCAGUCAAGGUCAGAUCCUGCAGGUUGUCCGCGCCCCCAUCGGGACUCAGUACAUCAUCCAGCAGCCUCAGCAGCAGAUCCUCCUGCAGCAGCAAAGUCAGCCUGGUGGCGUUCAGGCCGCGGUCACACAGCAGCACAUCAUCCAGCAGCCUCAGCAGCAGAUCCUCCUGCAGCAGCAAAGUCAGCCUGGUGGCGUUCAGGCCGCGGUCACACAACAGAAACAAACAGGAAGAAAGGGAGUCAAACAUCACCGCUGUCAGCACUGUGACAAAGCCUUCACCACAUCAACAUAUUUAAAGAUUCAUCAGAGAGUUCACACCGGAGAGAAACUUCACAGCUGUGACCAGUGUGGGCAAGACUUCAAUACAAGAAGUGCCUUAAAAAAACACCAGCGCAUUCACACUGGAGUGAAACCGUACAGAUGUGAGCACUGUGGGAAAACUUUCACUACAAACGGUACUCUACAAAUCCACCAGCGCAUUCACACUGGAGAGAAACCGUACAGGUGUGAGCAAUGUGGGAAAACUUUCACUACAGACAGUCAACUAAAAAUCCACCAACGCAUUCACACUGGAGAGAAACCGUACAGGUGUGAGAAAUGUGGGAAAACAUUUGCCUAUGGAGAUUCCCUUCAACGCCAUCAACGUAUUCACACUGGAGAGAAACCAUUCAAGUGUGAGCACUGUGGGAAAACUUUUACUGAUGACAGUACUCUAAAACGCCACCAACACAUCCACACUGGAGAAAAACCGUACUGGUGUGAGCAAUGUGGGAAAACUUUCAUCAGGGUCAGUGAACUAAAAAUCCACCAACGCAUUCACACAGGAGAGAAACCGUACUGGUGUGAUCAAUGUGGGAAAGCUUUCACUCAAGACAUUCAUCUAAAAAUCCACCAACGCAUCCACACAGGAGAGAAACCAUAUAGUUGUGAGCAAUGUGGGAAAACAUUUACUUGGAGGCAUUCCCUAAAAAUCCACCAACGCAGUCACUCAGCAUCGUGUUGAAGGCAAGUCAGCGGUGUCCCCCUGCCUCCUCUCCGUGUCUUAAAGUUAUAGUGAGGGACUUUUACAUAUAAAUUAACGUCUGUUACACUCAAGCCCUUGCCAAACAAGCUCACACAGAUAAAUCUCUGUAUUUGACAGUAUACAGAGUUUUUAAAUCUGGUGUUGGUGGCGACAUUCUUGCACUGGCUGAAUAAUGCAGACUGCGAAUGCUGUAUGGGAAGAGCAUGUACACCAGAGACUUCUGCCAGCUGAGCUGGCUAACAUCUGGUUAGCUCUCUGCUAACUUGAAUAAAAAUAAUUUCAUAGUGCGGCUCUUCUAGAUUUUCCUAAUGUUAUUGUACUGCAUGGAUCAAAUUCUGAUGAGAUCAGAAAUGGUUCUUUUCACAGCGGUCGUGUGAUGCUCAAAACAAUUUGUCCACCGUUUUACAGCUGCAAUAGGAGAGGCAGAGUAGACUACGGCGGAACCUAAAAUGUAAGCGCGGAUCGACAGUGUUUUUGUAAUUACUCUCACUGCCAGAAGGGGGAGACAGAAGUUCUGUACUGCAGGUUUAAUAACAGCGUUGUUCUGUCUUGAGCUGCUCUACAAACUGAGGGCUACGAACAGUAACUUCAGAAUCAGCGUGUACGCUAUCAGCAGCACAUGUGGCUGAAUUUAAAACUCAAUGAUUAACUGUUUCUUGCAGAAAUGUACUUUGGAAGUUAGAGUUAACUUCUAGCCUGAAAGAUUUUUUACUUUUCAUUUUUGAGUUUCAUGUUGAGUUUGAAUGAAUUGUGUUGAAUGAAUAUGUAAAUGACUCUUUAGAUCUACAGAAUUCCACAUUUUGAAUUAUUUUAGAAAUCAGUGGAUUUAAAUAUAACCCACAUUAAUGUUAGCUUCUGUCCUUUGCUAUUAUCAGCAGCUGAAUUAUUGUUUUUGUCCUACAAAUAUACACAUUUCUGAAAUGUAUCCAACAAAACAGGGGAGGACUUGGGGAGAUUUUUAUGAAGAGUCAAGAGUCAUAAUGUCAGUAAAAACAGCAGAUACAUGUUUGUGAGAUUUCUUUAUUCAACAUUAAACGGUGCUGCUAGCUAACUCGCUAAAGUAGGCCUUGAGUUUAAAGCCUUUCUGCUAACAUUUUCUUGUCCAGUAUUGCUAUUAAAUUCAAUAUAAUGUUAAUAAAUGUCACUGAAGUAGAGUCCUGAAGAGUUACUGAUGAGGGGGCAGUUUGAUCAUGAAUAAAGCAGCCAAAGCAGAUCGAUUGCAGGCAACAAGUUGGUUUGGUGUGAAUGUGACGGAGGUAAUGAUUCCACUUGCCAUUACUGGGCAAUUCUUACUGUUAUUACUGUAAAUUAAAUGUAUUAUUGGUCCUUUCUAUUUUAAUAUUAUGUUAUUUACUAUUUUAUUUUGUUAGUCUUGUAAUAAUGUAUUAUUAUUAGUUUACCGUUGGGACUGGUGUGUUAUGUGUAACAUGAGUGUCCCCUGCUGGCCCCAAACUCCAUUACCAGUCUGUGGUUUCCUGUCCCUGUGGAAGGUUGAUGUGUAUAAACUCAGUUAAAAACACUAUAAGAAGUUAGUUUUCGUUGGUAAAAGUGUAUUUCGUGUACUCCUGAUGACCACAGCAAAUGCUUUUCUUGAUGAUUAAUUUUAAUUUGUGUUGUGCUUGCUUGAUAUUAGCUUCAAAGUAAAUCUUCCACUAUUUCUUUCAUUGUUUCAGUGUUUUGUAGACUUUGUUACCACGAAACUGACUGUGAGAGACCUGAUAUCAUUUAGUUACCAGAAUAAAUGGCUGGUUAGAGCCAAAAGUGA